CAUAAUGUACCUAUAAUUCGUCGGCUACCGCACAUGCUCACUUUGUGCUCAUGCGCAUGGAUGACAAACUUUAACAUCACAAAAAAAGUAAAAGUUGAUACAUUAUGUUGGUUUGGCUGUUUCACAUUGACACCUAUGGAAAAUUUGUUACCUAUAUGAGUUAGGGCAAUUUUUGUAAAAGACUUACGGUGCGAUUCAGGAAAUGAAUUAGAGAUUAACUAGAUACGAUUUAGUAAAGAUAAUUUCCCGAAUCGCGGCGUUAGGGAUUAAUAGAAUUUUAGUUUUCGAUUUUUAGGUAUAAAAAUAUUCAAGUAAAAUUCUAAGCAAAUGUAAUACAGCAUCAAUCUUGUUAGAAUAUGCAAACAUAUCAAAAAGGUAAAUAAGACUUACUUUCUCCUCUGCUUAGUACAUGAAGUCCUCAAAUACUAAGUACAAUAUAUGUAAAAACUAACCUCUAAUGUUUUCCAAUAUUAAUAAAUAAAAAAUCGCAGAAACAUAGUGACGUUAAGGUUAAGUAAUCAAUAACAACUGAUGGACUGCCAAACUACUUUUCGGGGAUAUGACGUGUGAUAACAACGAACCUUGAAAUUUGAUCGAGCUGAUAGUUAAUUCAUGUGUUUUGAACUAAUACAACACUAUUAUAAGCAUAUAUACCUACAUGCUGUGCUUAUAAUGCUUUUACUAGAAGUAUUUGAACAAAUUAAAGUAUUUUUCAGAAAAAUAUUUUAAUUUGUUUUUAUCAAGUAAGUAGAAACACUACUAUGUAUAUAAAUUUUAAACUGAAAAAUCCACUGAUUCCAGCCUGGGGCACUGGAGGCCUUGGUCACUUUUUCUUAGUAUAUGACAUUUAUUUUCAGUUUAUAAUGCUUUUGUAAUAGUUUAAUUUCUUUAAUAUAUGACUUUUAUCUUAUGUCUGCUUUUAGUUCUUAUUCCGGUUGUACAUAUACGUUACGGAUUGACCAUUGGUUAACUGGUAGCAGCUGGUACUUUAAGGCAUUUAAGCCCGCCAAUCAGACUAGAAUCUCUAAUCGAGAGGGAGAUUCUAUGACAUGUUUUAUCAAAAUCGAUUCAUCCGUUUAAUUGCGUUGUUUGCUUGGGGUUUUUUUUAUUUGUAAUUUACGUAAUUACGUAGUUACGUACGUUUUUAAUUUGUAAAAUACGAGCAUCGGUCAGCCAAUUAAAAGUAUUUUUUUAUUAGGUAAUUAUACCUACAGAGCGGCUUAUUACACAAUUCUUACUGAAAUUACAGAUCAUUUUUGUAAAUUGACAUUGGUAUAUUAUUUGUAAUAUAGUAAUAUAAAAAAGAGAGAUUAAACCAAAAGACGAAAUGUGGUAAUUUCCUUUAUAUUCCGACGUUUACUAAAACCCGUAUAUCGUUAGCAAAACCGGUCAGGCACUUACCUACCAUCGUUAAAAUCAUUAGCUGAUUUUAAACCUUACUACAACGAUAUAAAGCCUACCUCUGGUCUGUCAGGAGCGUCGCUAUUUGUACAUUGACUCACUUCGGCAUUGCAUGCUCAAGACCGGUGCGAUGCGAACGUACAUCGUCAAUGUUUGUAACUUUCAUUUAAUUUUGUUUUUGUUCGAUCUACGAUAAUCUAGUUGUGUCAUUUAAGUUGAGUUGCCUAUUUUUAAGGUGGGUGAAAUGUUUCAAAAAUUGUAUAGACAUUUCUGGUGUUAAUGAUGGAGCGGGUAAAUAAAUCGGUAUGUAAACAAAGACCAAUAACCAAGUAGAUUAAGAAAAAAUAUCUAAGUUAUAAGACACAGAUUAAAGUAAUAAGCAUUAUGUUGAAAUUGGUAUCACAUUUCAUGAUUCUAAAUAUUACCUUUGAUUGUGUGCCCUUAUAUAUGAGAGUUAUGCAUAUUAUUAUAUCAUGUAUGAAAAAACCGGUAGUAUUUAAGGAUGAUCUUUAGGUAGUCAUUUUUGAUAAAUAUAUUUAACAUUUUAGGUACCUACUAAUACACACAAACGACUAUGAAAAUCUUCAACCAAAGUGUUUCGAUUCUAUUGCCCUUCAGUGUAUUGGUAUUAAUUUUAGUUUCUAAACACCUCACUUAUUGAACAGCUAUCAAUGCUAUCAUUGUUUGUAUGCCGGUUACGACACACGACAAAAACGUGUGACACACAUUUGCUUGCUUAUUAGCGUUCUUUCCACCUGUUGCACAGAAUAGGUAAUACAUAGUGCUAUACAGAGUGGUUUUCCAUUGCCAUUUUUUUGAACAGCGAGCUGCAAAAUUCUAUGUACAAAUUAUUAUUCAUAAAGUGACCAUGCAAAUUUGCGGCUGAGUGUACUAGCUCCCUUUUUUUUGUUUGUUAAAAUUGACUAUAUUAUAAAGUAGGAGACCUAAGAAAAAGAAAGAUAGACUGUGUAGGAGAUAGCCAGCGAUCACAAGUAUACUAUUUUAUAGAAAAAUCGAGUUCGGUGAAAUAAAAUAACUAUAAUUUCAAAUAUUGUGGUUGAUUUAAAUCCUGCAUGACCUACAUGUUCAUCAACUACUAAAGUAUAAACAGACCAUGAAAACACACAGUGUAUGCUCUUGGCCUGACUUUAUUGAAUUAUAGACACAUAAUUGUACACUAUAUUCUCAACAGAUGUCGCUACUCCGGUAAACCAUGUUGAGCUCGAAGUGGCUAGUGCUGUGGUCGCUGUGGGCGGCGCGGCUGGCGCGGCAGCCGACGGCGCCGCUGCGCGUGAGCAGCGGGCUACUGCGCGGGAGCGUCGCGCAUGACGGCUCGCACGUCGCAUACUUGAGCAUACCAUAUGCGACUGUCAAUAGUCGGUUUCAGGCACCCGGGCUAGAACCAAAAUGGGACGGCAUCUUCGAAGCCUACGACGAGAACGUCAAAUGCACCCAACGUCUCACCAGCUCCAUCAUAAUUGGCCAGGAAGACUGCCUCGUCCUGAACGUCUACACUCCUCCCCAAUCUUCCCAUCCUCAGUCACCCCUUCCAGUGCUCGUGUUCAUCCAUGGCGGAGGCUUUAGAGAUGGCUCUGGAUCUCCCUUCCUCUACGGCCCAGAGUACUUAGUCAAGCAUGGAGUUAUACUCGUCACAUUCAACUAUAGAUUAGAAAUCCUAGGCUUCCUAUGUUUAGGCACUAAGGAAGCCCCAGGCAAUGCUGGCUUGAAAGACCAAGUUGCGGCUUUAAGAUGGAUCAAAAAGAAUAUUAGAGCGUUUGGUGGAGAUCCUGAUAAUGUUACUAUUUUUGGAGAAAGCGCUGGGUCAGCUUCCGUUUCCUACCAUCUGAUAUCAUCUAUGUCGAAAGGACUGUUCCAUAAAGCCAUCAUGCAAAGCGGAACAGCAAUGGCUCCGUGGAGUUUUCAGUUUGAGCCUUUACAAGUCGCUAAAUCAUACGUUCAACAGUUUGGCUAUACUACAGACAAUACAAGCGAAUUAUACAAAACAUUGAUGACAAAAUCCGAUCAGCAGUUGAUGAAAACUCGAGUGCCAAGAAAAGAGGGCGACAUAGUCCUAUCAGAAAACAUUUUCGUGCCUUGUGUCGAGACAAACAUAACAGGCGUUGAGCAAUUCUUGCCAGAUAAACCCUUUAAUCUUAUAUCUAAGGGGAAUUAUCAUAAAGUGCCAAUUAUAGUAGGUUCUAACAAUGCAGAAGGGUAUAUGUUUACUGCUAAAGAGAAUGGCACAACAAUAGCUAAAUUAGAUUUUUACAAAGCCUUGCCACGAGAUCUGGACAUUAAAAACGAAGAAGAGAAAAGAGCUAUAGCUGAUAAGUUAAAGCAAUUAUACAUGGGUGAUAAAGCAAUCUCAAAGAAGACUAUUGUGGAGUUCUCUCAUUAUGAAGGUGAUUCUGGGAUUACGUAUCCAGUCUUAGCCACAAUAGACCUGCUUCUCAAGACAAGUACGGAGCCAAUAUUCACAUAUAGAUUAGACUACGAUGGUUGGCUGAACGUGGCCAAGUUUUUCUGCGGAUGGGGGAAAGCCCCUGGGGCUACACACGCUGAUGAACUCUUUUAUAUGUUUAAGCCACUUUUCCCUACUGCUUUUUUGAUGGAACAAGACAUAGUGGAUGUUAUUAGUAGAAUGUGGACAAAUUUUGCAAAAUUUGGAAACCCGACUCCAGCGCCCUCGUCUCUCCCAAAAUGGCCGCCAAGCACCCGGACAGACGCCCGCCUUCUAGUCAUAGACAAGCACUUCCACUACCGCCCUCUAUGGGAGGAAAAGGCGAUGACGUUCUGGAACCAAACGUACAACAAGUUUAGGAGAAAAUAAUUGUGUUGUUGUUGGUUUUUUACUCUAAAUAUAUGUUUUUAAUUACUUUCA